CCAUUCAAAUUACAGCGAGUUUGAAAAGUCAGAAAAUGGCCGCACGGAGGGAAAAGGAGGGAGAAAAUGAGACCGAGGGAAACAACUUGGGCUCAGCGCACUUCCCCUCUCGCCCCCCAUCUCCCUGCCUGAGUCUACUGGUGGAGGCGGGUCACCUCUCGUGCCCGGCGGAUCACUCAUCCGCCCUCUCCGCUCCUAUUUCGGCCGAUCUGUCCUGCGUGGCCGAAUCAGCCCCGGAGUCCAACUCCGUCGCCGUGACUGUGGCGUUGGCGCCCCCGCCUCUGGCUCCCACGGCGGGCGGCGGCGGCGGCUUCUCGGUGUCCGUGGAUUUCCCUGGCUUGGUAACCCGCGAAGGCUGCUUUCAUUUCACUCGCGAGCUUCUGAACCACGUCCUGUACCAGAGACAGCAGCUGCCUUUGCCUUAUGAGCAGUUCGCCUGCUUCUCCCAGAGGCAGCUCCUGAGGACGUCGCGCCAGGAUGAAGAUGUGAUCAGAAAAGUCUAUCGUGGAGAUCCAGCCAGCAAUAAAAAAUGCCAGCAAGUGCUAGGUGACCUGGAGAAAGUGUUCCAACACUUGGAAAUUAUGUUCAGUUUGACAUUGGUCCCACGAGUUCUUAUUCUGCUUGGGGGUACUGCUGUGAGCCCUAAAGAACUAUAUGAGAUCAACCUGCAGGGUAUUUCAGUAGGUAGCACUCAGGAGAGCCUGCAGACGGCAUCCUGUGUUCGCAAGCUUUUCCAUUCACUCUUCCUGGCUGAUGUCUUCAGUGAUCUUCAAGCUGUCCCCACCAUGGGCGUCAUUGUUAUGGUCCAAGGACACCGCAACUGUGGCAUUGACUGGUUUCGACCCAAACUAAACUACAAAGUGCCAGCUCGAGGGAGGAAGCUGACUGUCAACCUAUCCUGUAGUGACCGUGAUUGUGCAACCCCUUCCUCUUACACAGAAGUAAACUCUGCUUUGAAUGAUUAUAUAUGGUUCCAAGCUCCAGUGACAGUGAAGGGUUUCCGUUACUUUUCUUGACAAAGUUUUAAAUGGGACAUUCUUAACCUCAUAUUGAUGUUGCUCUGUGCUAAGUCUUUGAUCAUCUGCAACUGCAAUUUUCUUGUUCCACUCUAUUUUCCAGAAGUGCUUUAAGAGCUAUACUGGGCUGUACUGUACUCUCUAGAGAGCUUUCUCCGAAUGAUGGGACUUGGAAACAGCUCCAGUCUGAUUACAAGAGCCUUUUAUUCAAAGGAUAAAACAGUGUUGUGGGACCCAUCAACCUAUUUUCCUUGCUGUUUGGUUGUUAAACAAUACUUGAAACAAGUGGGCUAUUGUAGGAACUUCCUGCAGAACAUUACAUUAGCAGUAGACUAUAUUCACUGCUAGAUCACUGUGCAAUGUUUACUAAAUUCCAAUCUCUUAUCAUUGUUGAUUUUUUUGAGGGUAUUGUGAAAGCCAUAAUUUUCAUCUUUGCCUGUGCAAUGAUAGAUACCUCAAUAAGGGACACCCAACUUUAAAUCAGCCUAGCAAACUUCUUUUUUCUUGUGUGGAGGAAUAAUGACAUUUAAAAGCUGGAGUCCUUCAAUAUUUUCACCCAUGUUUUCUAGACUCUGCCUGAAGACACUGGUCUUCUGAGAAGUAUUUUGAGUAAUCUUGGAGGAGGCACUCUCCCUUAAAUUGUCAGCAUGAAUAAUGUUCAAAUACUUUGUUUUCUUCACAAUGGUUCUGCUGUGCUGACCUUUAACUAAUGCUAGAGGUAAACAUCCUAAAAGCGCUUCAUGUGGAAAUAGAUCUUAAUUGCACAGCUUUUGAAGUUUCAGUUUACAUUUCUAAAGAUAUAGAAGUUGCUUACCUCAUCUACCCUCGCUUUGACCAAAGAUAAAGUAGAAGUGCUACUUAAAUUAAUGUAUAAGUCAGACAGAUGAAAGACUGACCUCCUUUAGGCUGCAUUGCAUUGUGAUACUGAUAUUUUUUAUUCAGUGCUUACAUUAAGAUAGAGGACUCCUGUAAGACUAGGUCUAGUCUAAAAUAGAUAAACUUUACAUGAUUUGAGCAAAGCCACUGUCAGGAACUGUAUUUCUUUAAGGUUUAGUGAAAAUAGUUAACAGAUUGGGGAGAGUGACUUUCUCAUGGGCAUGGGGGUCCGACUGCUAUUCUGUAGCAAAGGAAGAAUAUACUAGCUGGGGGCUGUAACCUGCAGCUCUCCAGAUGUUCAUGGACCACAAAUCCCAUAAGUCCCUGCCAGCCAUGCCAGGGGCUGAUGGGAAUUGCAGUCCAUGAACAUCUGGAGAGCCGCAGGUUGCAGAUCCCAAAGGAAGCUAGACAUGGGGCACCUUGAUAGGAUAGGUAAUUUCUGAGCCCUGAGAGCAAGAUUCUGUGUCAAGAAACUAAAAUGGAGGAAAGUGCCUGUUAUGUGGACAUGCUUUUGCUUGUCUGGUAUCUGAAUACUAUUCAGACCAGCAUUGUAUUUUGAUAAGUGUUCUACAUAGAAUAGCUACAUGCAAGAAGUGGUUGUUAAGGGAAAGGCUUUCUAAUCUCAGCUUUACAAGCUUUCUGGGACUCAAUGGUAGUUUGUUCUGAAUUACUUUCUGGGAGAGGCUGAACAAACAUGUCUAUUCAAAGCAAAGAAAAACACUGCAGCUAUUCUGUAAUUUGUACACAGGCUCUGUUAUAAACAAGCUUUCGAAAGCCAUGGAGUAGUUCCUCAGAAGAUGAAGGGGUCAGGGAGAAGGUGGCAGUUUCUAAAAUGGACUCAUAAAGUAGAGCUCAGUCCUUAAAAGUACUUCAAAAUCCAGCUGCAAUAAAUUAUUUCUUUUUGAAAAGUUCACAAUGUUCUGUAAAGUGUUGCUUUAUGUUUUGGAGAGGUGCUACUUAAAUCACGUGUGAAUGUAAUCUGCCUGUAAUGUCUGUAAAAUGAAGUAGAAGAAGAAGAAUGAAUAAUGAAUUUAAAUAAAAGAGGACAUGAUUCACAUUGAA